UGACACACAAUUCAUCAGCUACCUCGACGACAAUAGAUAUGACAAGCACUGCAAAGUGAGAAAGCAGGGCUAGCAAGCUGCCAUGGAGGGUUUGUCGGAGGAGAGGUGCGCCCUGGUGGCGGAGCUGGUGCAGGUGCUCGAGAUGGCGAGGCAGCUGGAGGCGCACAUGGCGGGCCAGCAGGGCGGCGUCGCGGUGGCAGGAGGGGAGCGGUGCCGGGCGCUGGCGUCCACCAUGCGCGCCGCCAUCGACAGGUGCCUACACAUCGCGAGGUCUUGCUGCGCCGAGGGACGUCUGCCCGCUGGGCAGCCGGAGUCGCCGCCGUCCGGUGGUGACGGCAGCCCGCGCAGCGCCGGCUCGGACCAGGCCGGCGACUCCCGGGGCCACUGCAAUGCGGCAGGCCAGUGCAAGAAGAGUGAGCGCAGGAAGACGCUGCCCAAGUGGGCAACUCAGGUGAGGGUUAGCGCCGUGCACGUCGCCCCCCUCGACGACGGCUUCAGCUGGAGGAAGUACGGACAGAAGGACAUCCUCGGCGCCAAGUACCCAAGAGCCUACUUCCGGUGCACGCACCGGCACACGCAGGGCUGCCACGCCAGCAAGCAGGUGCAGCGCACGGACGGCGAUCCGCUGCUGUUCGACGUCGUGUACCACGGGAGCCACACGUGCGGCCAGGCUCAGGCCGCCGCGCAUCCCAACAACCCGAUGCCGCGACUUGCAGCAAGCACGGAUCACUCCCACUCCCAGGCCCAGCGGCAGCCUGGGCAGGAGCAGGCGUCCGCCUCUGCGGGGUUGGAAGGGGGCCCCAUGCUGCCGUUUUCGCUCCCCUCCACCAAGCCGGCGGGCGCCAACACCACCGACGGUGAGACGAGCAGCGGUUUCCCCGUCGGCUGUGUCACGGCGUCCACAUUCAUGCCCCCGGCCCCGACGAAGCCAGAGUACCAGCUGGUUAGCAGCAGCAGCAGCAGCAGCUACGCGGUGGAUGGCGGCGGCGGCAUGGUCGGUGUCGGGAACGUGCCUGGCAUCGAACUCACCUCCACGACAACCUCCCUGAUGGGGGACAUGGACUUCAUGUUCCCGCUGGACGCCGCCGAUUUCUUGGAGAACCCCGGCUAUUUCUAAGCAAGAACGUACCUUAGCGCCGCAAUGGGUAAUAGGUAAAGCCGGCAAGGCGAAACGAACGAGCGUGCCAGCGCUCGCUGUAUUAUCUUCCCUAUCCACUACUCGUCAAGUGUGUGACGCUAACUAGAAGUACGUCACAGGUUGAGCCUGUAAAGCAAGCCUUUCUCCAAUCCCUCCGCUUGUCGCAGCUUCAUCUUUUGCAUGCACUUCGAUUUGAAAUCGUGAUUUCUUUCA